AUGCCCACGCCCCUCCUCCGGCCGCUCGUCCGGCGACACAUCGAGACCCUCCGCGUCCGCUUCCGCUCACCGCGCGCCCAACAAAGCCGAAGAAACCAGACCUCGUCCUCCAAUCCCAAUCCCAACCGACCGAACCCGCCCCCGAAAGCGACAGCAAAAACCGAAGACCCCAUCCCCGUCCCCAACACCGUCGCCCCGCUGCCCUUCUGGCAGCGUCUGGGCCCGCUGACGCACGCCGGACAGGCGUACGCCCGGGCGCAGCGCGCAAGGCCGUGGGCUACGCAGCUGGCUAGCUCGUUGUUUAUAUACCUGUGCGCGGACAUCAGCGCGCAGCGGAUGGGUAAGGUUGGGGGCGGGGACGGGGAGCAUGAUCUGCAGCGCACGGGGCGGUCGCUUGUUAUUGGGGGCGUGGCGGCUAUUCCGGGGUAUACUUGGUUCAUGUUCCUCUCCCGGUCCUUCAACUACCCCUCGCGCCUCCUCUCCAUCGGCGUCAAGGUCGCCAUCAACCAGCUGUGCUUCACGCCGAUCUUCAACUCCUAUUUCUUCGGCGCGCAGGCGCUUCUCUCGGGGGAUUCGUUGGCGGACACUUGGGAGCGCAUCAUGAAGACUGUCCCCGUCAGUUUUGUCAACUCCUGCAAGCUGUGGCCCGCCGUCACGGCGUUCAGCUUUGCGUUCGUGCCGAUCGAGUACCGGAGUAUCUUCGCCGGGGUCGUGGCUGUGGGCUGGCAGACAUACCUGAGCUUCUUGAAUCGGGAGGCCGAGAUGGAGGAGGCGAGCGAGAAGGCGGCGGCGGGGGUGAAGCCCGCUGCUGCUGUUAAGCCUGUGGAGUUGGGCCGGCGGAAGGAGAGGAUUACGGCUUGA